GCUCCGUGCCAUCACGUGAUCCGCGGAGCCCCGGAGCGGCCGCCGCGCCUACAAAAGCAGCGGAGGCGGCGGCGCGGGCGCGCAGAGUUGGGCCGUUCGUCAGCGUUGCCACCGCCAUGCGGCCCCGCGGCCUCCUCCUCCUGCUCCUCCUCGGCCUGGCAGAGCCCUGCGCCGCCAUCAUCAGGAUUCCCCUGACCAAGUUCCCCUCCAUGCGGCGGGUUCUGAAUGAGGUGGGCAGCGAGAUCCCAGACAUGAAUGCUCUAACCCAGCUCCUCAAGUUCAAGCUGGGCUUCGCUGAUGUGUCCGAGCCCACUCCAGAGAUCCUGAAGAACUACAUGGAUGCCCAGUAUUAUGGUGAAAUUGGCAUUGGGACACCCCCACAGAAGUUCACUGUGGUCUUCGACACUGGCUCCUCCAACCUCUGGGUGCCAUCGGUGCACUGUCACCUCCUGGACAUUGCCUGCUUGCUGCAUCACAAAUAUGAUGCCUCUAAAUCCAGCACCUACGUGGAGAAUGGCACAGAGUUCGCCAUCCACUAUGGGACAGGGAGCCUCUCUGGGUUUCUCAGCCAGGACACCGUCACGCUCGGGAACUUGAAAAUCAAGAAUCAGAUCUUUGGGGAAGCUGUGAAGCAGCCAGGCAUCACCUUUAUUGCUGCCAAAUUUGACGGCAUCCUGGGCAUGGCAUUCCCGCGGAUCUCUGUGGACAAGGUCACCCCUUUCUUCGAUAACAUCAUGGAACAGAAGCUGAUCGAGAAAAACAUCUUCGCCUUCUACCUGAACAGAGACCCUGCUGCUCAGCCUGGUGGUGAGCUUCUCCUGGGAGGGACUGACCCCAAGUAUUACACUGGUGACUUCAGCUGGGUCAACGUUACACGCAAGGCCUACUGGCAGGUCCACAUGGAUGCGGUGGAUGUUGCCAAUGGGCUGACUCUGUGCAAAGGGGGCUGUGAAGCCAUCGUGGACACAGGAACCUCACUCAUCACUGGCCCCACCAAGGAAGUGAAGGAGCUGCAGACAGCCAUCGGUGCAAAACCACUCAUCAAAGGCCAGUAUGUGAUCCCGUGCGAUAAGGUGUCAUCUCUGCCUGUUGUCACGCUAACACUAGGAGGGAAACCCUACCAGCUCACUGGAGAACAGUAUGUCUUCAAGGUUUCUGUGCAAGGAGAGACCAUCUGCCUGAGUGGCUUUUCAGGCCUGGAUGUUCCGCCACCCGGCGGCCCACUCUGGAUCCUGGGAGAUGUCUUCAUUGGUCCCUACUACACUGUCUUUGACCGUGAUAAUGACUCUGUUGGCUUUGCCAAAUGUGUCUAAGCGCCUGAUCCCCACUGCCUCUGCCACAUACUCACUUACACACAUGCACAGGAGCCACAGAGAAAGAUUACCAGGAUUAGAAAUCCAGUAAGUGGAAAGGAGAAAAAGAAAAAGAAAUUGAACUAGAUUUAAAAUUACAUGGAAAAUAGUCAUUAGUGCCCUGCUAGCUACUUUUUCCUCUCCAUUGAUUAAGUGGUGCUGGGAGGUCUGUAUUUGACCACUCCAGCUGGAGUAGCCCCUUGCUUUACUGCUAUGUCUUCCAGUAUUUGUUUUUAAGAAUGAUUCUCAGAGCUGAACGAGACCCUCUCACAUCUCCCAGCCCUAGUGUCCUUCCUAGGGGGCAGCUGGUGCCAGCCCCUGGCACCUCUGUUACUGCACAGGCACUCUGUGGCUGCUCUUGGGUUUGGGCUUCUGCACUGGGGGAGAAGUAUGGGGAAGGCUGUCCAACACAUUAUUUAUUUGUUUUUGCUUUUUCACUGAUGAAGUGGGGAAGCAGGAGGCAAGGAAGAGUCCAUCUUCAUCACUCCUCCAUGACAGGUUGAGGCGGUGACCUCUAGGUCAUUUCUCAAUGGGCUUGUGCUGGCUUGGUCCUAGGAGAGCACAUCCUGGGCUGGAACGGCAGGGGAUUGCAAUAGUGUGCACAGGGGUUAAGUUUUGGAGCCCAGCGGCUCUGGUGAUGUGUUUUUGCGUAGUGAUGGCACUAGUGAGAGAGCUGGAGGCAUGAUGUCCAUGUGCCAGACCCAACAGGACAGGGAGGGGACUGCAGUCAGUGGGACUCUUCAGGGAGUACAAAUAUGAAAGGGGUCAAGAUAGUAUUUAAUAGAUGUCACUUGAAUUCAUGGCCAUGAAGGCCUGGCUUUCUGCUAAUCAAAGUCACUUAACACAGGUUCUGUUGAGCUUGUUGAACUUCUCCCAAGUUCCCGAAACCACAACUCUUCCCAUUUUCAUCCACAGCCAGUGAGUUGAGAAUAACAUUUUAACACCCUCCUUCCUUGCUUUCCCCCUUACUAAUGCUGGUGAGAGCUGUAUUCAUGUCCACCUGUGUUGCAGAUAGAGUGAGGCACAAUCCUGCUUCAGAUUUAGCUGUGCUCGCAGAUCCUCCUGGAGAGUUGAGAUCUGCAUAUGUGGAGCCACUUGCUUCACUGGGCUGGCAUCAGUAUGUAAGUGCUGGUGGAACUGGGAGUACAAUAAAGUGAAUUUUAAAGCAGAAGAGAGUUUGCCAAGAAUCUCAGCCUGUGCUGGGAGUAAAAGACUUGUUCUCCCAGUGUGCUGGAUUAGGUUCUGAAGUUAGGGAGUGGCAGCAGGUGAUGGGUAAAGCUGAAGGGGACAAGAGGACCAGAUCAGCACCAGUUGUGACCCCCCCAGACCAGGAAAAACAUGGUGAAAUCCUGGCUCCCCAAAAUUCACUGAUAAUCCUGCCAGAAGUACCACUGGGGCCAUAGAAGUUCCUGAGAAAGGUCGUUGGACAGUGGGUGCAUAGGUGGUUAUGCCUGGUGUAAUACAUGUACAUCAUCCCCAGUUUUAAAUUCACCGUGAAUAUCAGAGGUGUGGACGGGGAAAAUGUCCCAUGGUGAGAUGUGCAAGGACAGUGAGCCCAUACCCUGCAGAUGUCACCUGUCCCCACCCUCUGCAGCUGAUCAGUUUGGCAUUAUAGCCAUGCCUAAUGCCUUGGAGGGGUCUGGUGUGGACAGCUGGGAACAGGCCUGGGCACAUUUCUGAUGUGUGUAUUGUGCCCUGCAAUCCUGGAUGUAACAAAUGCUGCACCCAAAGCUUACUUGUGCCUGCUUGUUGUCUUCAUCUGCAACCUUGCGUCUGAACACCUAAGGACAUCUGUUGCAAGACUAGCCAGAGAACAGUAGCGUGUUACCAAAAAAAUCCACUAUCAAUAGGCACUCAAACUGGUAGAUAUUCAGCACUUCUUCAGAGGGCCCCAGUUUCACACCGAUUGAGUGCCCAGAGCUCCUCCAAGUCCUGUUAUAUGUUUCCCAGCUGCAAGAUUUCUGAAGCAUGGCAGGACAGAGACAGCCUCUCAGGUACCUGCUAAUUGGACCUGAUGUGUGAGGGGAAGCUUGACAUUUAGCUGACUGUGGGCUUUGAACAUCUUUGGCAUCAGAUUUAAGUGGGAUGUGCAGCACGGCCCCAGAACAAGCUGUUGGGCUGUGGUUCUGCUGGGCACGCAAUGCUUUAUGCCAUUUGUGACAGCCUCUUUUGUAACCCAAGUCUGGGCUGAUGUCUGUCCUCAGGCAGGCAGGAGACUUCUGCCUGGGGAAAGAGCGAGGCCCAAAAUGAUGCCCUGAGUGACAUACUUUAGGAUAGGCUGGAGGAAUGGUUCAUUGUAGUCUUCCUUGAAUGGGUCUCCUCCCUUUGUUCUUUUAUUUGCAUUUUUAAACCAAACUCUAACUGCGUGACUGUUUUUUUUAAUCAAAUUUGCUGAUGGACUUACUGUCUCAACAUAGAAGAUUGAAACAAAAAAUACAGUGUUUCCCCUCCUUAA